AUGCUACAAGUACCUCCGGUUUCGGACAAGCUCCAGAAUGCACUACAGAGGGUGUUGGACAACAAAAUCCUCAACGACGACGCCUUUUGGUGCGCAGAUAUUCUUCCGGCGCUCUUGGACCGCCUCCAUGAAAUUAAGCUUCUGGUUGCAUCCAAAGACAUGCAUCCCGAAUGUCUCGAAGCACAUAUCGUGGCCGUGGCAGACGAAAUCCAAUCCCGUCUUCAAACAGAGUUUCUGGAUGGAGCGCCGUUCACAAUUCUACGGAUCGCCGAGUUGGUUCUACGCUACGAUGACAAUGGCUACUCGCUUUCAACGGCCCAGCACAUGAAAAAGUACAUAGACGCACUCAAGAAGACGGUGUUUGUGCUGUCCAAGGAGACAGAUUAUCCACUCCUGCCCGGCGAAACUUCGAGGCCCCAAACACCCAGCACGCUUUUUCUGGCCACGCCACUGGACUAUGACCAUCAUAAUCUUCCCACCAAUGUUCUCUUUGUGCCAAUCCCAUGGGCCGAGACACUGAAUCAAAUGAAAGACAAACAUGUCGAGGAGCUGGAGAAGGAUGAAGUACUCGAGGAACCGAAUAAUGAACCAGAUGAAAAGAUAGAGUCUUCAGAUAAUCAGCAUGUGCCCACGUCCGACAGCCCGAAUGGAGAUCUGAACGGACAUGGAACCUCAACGCAACAGCGCACCCCAGAUCCUGACAGCGUGAAUGAGGCGAAAACUCCGGAAGCAAAAGUAAGGCGCUCCCCAAGACCGUCAAAGAAACAAAAAGUCACCUAA